AUGAGCCAGCGUCUGUCGAUCUCGCGCGCGUCCGUGUCGAACCCGCCGACGCCCGUCGUGGCCCCCGCCAAUGCCGAGGACAACGACCCCACGUCCGCGACCAAGCGCGGAUCCGUGUGGCAGUGGGUCGUGGGCUGCGUCUUCCUCGUGUGCGUGGCCAUCAUCUGGAACUUCUCGAGCGUCUUGAUCCAGUACAUCUUCAACGACCUGUCGUUCGAGGCGCCGUUCUUCCUCACGUCCUUCGGCAUGGCGCUCUUCUCCGUGAACCUCCCCAUCUACUACGUGACCAAGGUCUUGUCCGAUCUGCCGCAGGUCAAGAACGAAACGGGCCCCGUCGUGACGCAGACUCCGCACGACAAGGCCACGCUCCGUCGCACCAUGAUCGCGGCGGCCAUUGUGGCCCCGCUCUGGUUCAUCGCCAACUUCACGUACAACGAGAGUCUCAACCUCACCAGCGUCACGAGCAGCACCAUCCUGAGCGCCACGUCUUCCGUCUUCACGUUGAUCCUGGCCGUCUGGAUCCUUAAGGAGCGCUUCACGUGGCUCAAGGCGCUGGGCCGCGGCAUCUCCGAAGGUUUCUGGGGUGACAUCUGCGCAUUGAUCGGCGCGAUAAUGUUCGGAGUUUACACCACUGCUAUCCGCAAAUACCUGCCCGACGACGCAGGCAUGAGUGUGUCGCUGUUCUUCGGCUUCGUGGGGCUCUUUAGCCUCGUGGUGCUGGCGAUCUUCUGCAUCAUCUUCAACUACACGGGCGUCGAGUCGCUGCAGGGCUUGACGUGGGAGAUCGUGGGUCUGCUCUUCGUGCAGGGUCUGCUGAACAACGUGCUGGCCGACUACCUCUGGGCCGUGUCCAUCAUGUACACGUCGACCACCACGGCCACCAUCGGCUUGUCGCUGACGGUGCCCAUGGCCAUCUUCUCAGACUGGAUCGUUAACGACAUCAAGCCCGGCUGGGUCACGUUCGUCUCGUCCGCGCUGGUGCUUGGUGGCUUCGUGGUGCUGGCCAUCACGACGCGCAAGGAACAACUGAGUGCCGGGGCGGAGGCUCAACACGAGGCUCCUACCGACGCGGCCGAGGUGCUCUCGCCCAAGUCCCCCGCCACGCAGUACCGAAUGUCGACGAGUGCCAACUAA